UCCACGUUUACGAUGUGGGCGAAGCGUAGUAGCAGCAUUGUCGUGGGAAACCACUCCAUGCCCGAACAGAUGCGUCAACGCGGACGGUAUAGAGACGAGAAAUGGAGACGACGCUUCCGGAUCGACUACGAACUUCAAGUGGAGCGACUUCGCCGGACAUUGGGAUGGUUGUUUAACCAAUUCGAAGUGAUCCCACUGUUAAUGCUUGGUGUUGUUAUCAUGUACCCGCCGCGGCAACGCAUCACAGGAAUGGGCUUCUUUUCCCUUGGGGUCGUGUCCAUGAUCGCCCUCGACUAUCGCUUCCGGAAACUCGUCGCGACCAAAGACAAGGCGAGCGCAGUAUCGCUUGUCGGCAUUGUCCUCGUGUGUGCCGUAGAAUCCUUCGCCGUCGCGGCGUUCAACGGCGACGUGUCGCCCUUUCACACGCUUUUCAAACCGAUCCAGGACCCCACCGACGACGGCGCCACCAUCGUCAAGGCCGUCAUGGUCAAAGACCUGGUGCUACGUCUGGCCAGUCUUGGCAUCAAGGCCAUGAUUGGGCUCGUCGGAACACGAGCCAGCACCGCGACGUCAUACCGACGCCAACAGCGAAUGUAUGAGGCCAUCGAGGUGCUGACUCUGUGCGUCCGGUCGAUCGUGUCCACGUUCUUGUGGGUGAUCUACUACCAGUCGGUCCACCUCAAACUGUCGGCCCAGGUCUUGUACGUCGGUGUCAAGGGUUUUGUGACAGCGCGCGCAGUCGCGCCCUACCACCUCAAGUUUGGAAGUCCCAUCGCCGAAUGCUGCAUCUGCUUCGACGCGAUUCCAUCGCCGCGGGCGUGCGCACACAUGCUUUGCCGCGAAUGCGCGGUCGAGUGCGACAAUAAUGAUCGAGUAGCAUCGUGCCACCACUGUCGUCGCGGCCCUGCCACCAAGCAUACAAGUUGUUGCCAUCCGAAGUACGGCGGCUCGAGCCCGCUUCCCGAAUUUUUCUAAUGCACAUGUGAUACCUUCGAUUGUUGCUCGUUAUGGAGAGACGCGAGCGUACAAGUUACGAGGUUAGCAACGCCUACAGCCACGGAAACCAUGUCGGGUACAUCUGGGCCAAGUUGUCGGCACUAGUGGCGGUCGCGAUGAGUUGUUGAAUCGCUGAAGGGGGCGAUGGCGUAGUGUGCGAGGUCGGUUUCACUGCCAGCGCCGACAUGCGAUCCAUCACGGCUUUGACGUUGGCGUCCACGCGCUGCGGCACCUGGUGCUCCUGCAUGAUGCGGCGGUGGGUGUCGCCAUGAGUAUGCUCUAGCCGCGACUUGGUCUUGGACGUGUGCCACGACAGCAAGUCGUCCCGAAAGAAGAGGCGCAUCUGGUUGGUCAUGAUACCUUCGUGCGCGUGGCUGGUCAGUGCCUGGGCCACCGCCGCCAUGGCGAUCGUAAACGGCCCUUCCACGCCGCUGUGGGUCAUAAAUGUGUGCACAUUUCGCGUGAGUCGGAACGGCAUGGUGCACGUGGCUUCGACCACGCCGCUGCUGCUGGCGUACCCAGGACGCACUUCGCAGCUCACGACGUGGCCAGUUUGCUUGGAAAAGAUGAGCUUGUGCGGCGUGCGCUCGCCCACGUGCAUCGCAUACGACAGGAACGAACUGAGCGCGAGAUGGGUCGUAAAGGCCGUGCGGAAUUGAAACAAAUCGUCGAAGUGAGGCAGCAUCCGGUGCAAAUACUUGGUCAAGAGCGUCUCCGACACGUGAUGGUCGCAAAUGUCGUUGAAAAUGGCCAGUUUCACCUACCACAUAUACACAACACAUGUCAUUAUAUUCGGUUGGGG